GCUUUUAGUUUGGCGCCAAUUGGCGGGUAACUUAAAUUUUGUAGAGGGGACGAGAUAAUUAGAGAAUGUCAGACUGGAGCGGUGCCUGGGGUGGGGGAGACUGGAGAGACGAGGAAGAAGACGAAGAUGAGCAGCAGGCUGGGCCAGGUUACAGUGCAACCAAAGAUUGUCUCAUUUUGUUGAUUGAUGUGAGUCUUGGAAUGUUUGUAAAAGACGAAGAGACUAAGGGCAUCCCAUUUGAAUUAUGCAUAAAAUGUGCUCGUAGUGUUUUACUCAAUAAAGUCAUCAGCAGUGAGAAGGAUUUAGUGGGUGUGGUUUUCUUCGGAACUAAUAAAGAGAAUAAUCCCAGUGACUUUAAACAUGUCUAUAUCCUUCAGGAUCUUGACAUGCCUGAUGCUCCUCGUAUUAAGGAACUGGAAACCAUGUUGGAAGAUGAAGGAUUUCAGACUUUUGAAAAAGAUUAUGGACACUCGAAUGACUUUUCAUUAAGUGAUGUAUUCUGGACUUGCUCUACAAUGCUAUCUACUAGUGGUGCAAAAUCCAGUCAUAGGAGGAUCCUACUAUUCACUAAUAAUGACCAUCCACAUCAAAGCAACCCUGCACUACAACGUCAAGCAAAGACUAAAGCUAAAGAUUUAGCAGAGAAUGGUAUUGAAGUUGAGCUAAUGCACAUUGGAAGUGGAUUCAAUGUCACUUCCUUUUAUCAGGAGAUUGUCUUCUCUGAUGAUGGAGAUGGGACAUCUUUUCCAGAUCCUUCUGAGAAGUUUGAAGAACUUCUUACUCGUGUUAGAUCAAAGGAGCUAAAGAAGAGAGCAUUGCAAAGGAUUACAUUCUCCCUGGGUCCUGACCUUGAGCUUGGAGUAGGAGUAUAUUGUAUGGUCCGUGAGACAAAGAAACCUUCAUUCAUACGACUGGAUAAGAGGACUAAUGAAGAACUCAAGACACAAACCAAGAAACUCUGCGAGGAUACUGGAAGCAUCCUUCUUCCUACUGACAUAAAAUACUAUCAGGUGCUUGGGGCUGGAGGAGAAAAGGUCAUAUUUGAGGAAGAGGAAAUUAAAGAACUAAAGAACUUUGGAAAACCUGGUUUCACACUAAUGGGAUUCAGACCAAAAUCAAAGAUGAAAAUGCAUCAUUACAUCAAGCCAGCAAAUUUUAUUUAUCCAGAUGAAACAACGGUUAGUGGUAGCACUAAACUUUUCUCUGUGCUACUCAGAAGAUGCAUUUCAAGAGAAGUUGUUGCCGUUUGCAAGUAUAUUCCUCGUAACAACUCUCCUCCAAUUUUCGUAGCACUAGUACCUCAAGAGGAAGAACUUGAUGACAGCAACAUCCAGAUCUCUCCUCCUGGAUUUCAUGUCAUUUUCUUACCAUUUUCAGAGGACAUACGUAGCUUAGACCUACCUGAUGAAAUGCCAAAAGCUUCUCAUGAGCAGAUUGAUAAAGCAAAGGAGAUUAUCAAGAAGCUUUCUUUUAAUUUUCAAAGUGAAUCUUUUGAAAAUCCAGUUAUUCAAAAACAUUAUCGUGUUUUGGAGGCGCUAGCCCUUGAGCAUGAAGAAGAAGAAGAAAUAACAGACCUCACUGUACCAGAUGCUGCUCAGAUUAACAAGAGAGCAGGGAAGGCGAUUGAUGAAUUUAUGAAAGCUGUGUUUCCUGAUGGUUUUGAUCCAGAGGCAAAAAUCACUAAGAGAAAAGCAUCAACCAGUACAGCUGCUGCUGGUGCUGCUAAAAAGGCAAAAACAGAUGAACCAGUUGAUGUUGAGAGCAUUGCUAAAAAUGGAACUUUGGGAAAAUUGACAAAUCCAGUUCUAAAGGAGUACCUUAAGUCAGUAGGCAAGAAGGCUGCUGGGAGGAAACAAGAUCUGAUUGAUGCUAUUAAUGAACACCUUGGACUUUGAAUACAGAGUGGUAUGCAAUAGAUUUACUUGUGUUAUUGUUUUACAAUUAAAAAUUACAUUUAA